AUGACAGCGCACUGACAUCACAGUGGACAGACUCUACCAACCUGGGCUGGGACGGAGGCCAUGCUCGGUCCGCCCAGCUCUCGGUGCAACCAGCCUUGACCUCGUGGCCGAGGGCCAGGACUUCUUGGUCCUCCCUCAUGGCCCAGACCGGGUGUCCCUGGGCCGGCCGGUCUCCUAACGCCUGGAGGAGCAGCGGAGACCACAGGCGGCAGGAGCAGACCAGGCGGUUUUCUCACGGCGCGGAGGAGGAGGAGGACGACUGGGAGACUGACCACGACUACGUCAACAAUGCCAGCAGGCCGUGGGGAGAUCGUGAGAUUUCGACGGCCUCCAUUAUUUCUGAGCUCUCUAGAUCCAUCCGAGAAUGCAGCCUCGGAAAGCCGAACCCGCCCAGAAGGACGGAUCACGCUGAUUGCCAAAGCCACCUCCGGGGUUGUAAGGAUCCGGUGCGGAACCGCCCGAAGGAUCCCGAGGGGCAUCAGCCGCCGAUGUGCCCGCACGUGCGAUCUUCGCCCAGCCUGGGUAUAGAGAGGGCAUCCCUGUUCAACCGCAAUGCUGCAGAGAAGCUGGACACUUUCUUCUCCCAGAAGCUGAAAGCCCGCCUGUCCGACCGCUGUGGCGACCUGGGAACCCCUCAGGAAGACCCCACAGACCCCUGGAGGGACCCCAGGAAGGAACACGCCGGCCCCGAGCGAAACUGCAGGAGGCAGGAUCACAGCCGCGCAACCCAAGGAAGAGGAGAUGCCACCCAUCCCCACGGCUGCCACCCAUGUCCUCGGCCCCUCCGGCACUGUCUCACUGGCAAAGGCGGGGCGCCGGAGCGCAUCUAUUGGCGGCAGGAGAGCAGCAGGCCCUCCACGGCCGUCAGCAGCUCGGCACGGAUCCUUCCUCGCUGCAGAAUCAGCCACGUCCAGAGCUGCACGGCCUGCCAAGCGUUUAACAGGGACACGCCAGCGGGCAUGGAGACGCUCCAGGAGAGCGGCUGGAGUCUGCCAGAAGGCAAGGAGAGAGCGGGUUUGAGUGCCCCCCGCCAGAGGGAAAGGACGGGGCCUCCUUGCCGGCGGCAGGUGCCAGACCGGUUUUUGAAAGUUCAGCAGUGGCUGGAGGAGACGCCGGCCGAAGACCCUCCGUCCCACCCAAGGCAACAGGGGCGUGGGGCUGGGCAUCGGGGUAGCCCAGGCACUCUGGGGUGGCCACCUGCGUACGGAUCACUGGAUCAGAAGGAAAGGGAUUCUUGGGGUGAGGCAGGAGGCUGUCCAAGUCUGGACCCCACAGCUGACAUCAGGCACAGAAUGAAGAGCCAUCAAGAAGAGGACCCCACUCACCAGGCUUCCGGGCUCCACACCUGCGACGAUGCCAGCACCUCUCCCGCCACGUGCUCCUGCCUCUUCUGCGAGCAGCAGAGGCCCCGCGCCACGCUGGUCUCCGGCAAGAAAAAGCCGGACCCCUCCGCCGAGGAGGUGGCCGUGCAGCUGCAGGCGGAGAACCGGAUCCCCCGGAUCGUGGAGGCUUUCGAACGUCGUUCGCUGAGGGAGGCCAAGAUCGUGGAGAGGGAGAAGGCGUACCUGUCGGCCCGGCAGAGGGAGCUGGAGAAGCGGGCAAGGGCAAGCAAGGCGCGUGGGAACGCCAGGCGAGGCCACCACCAGGCCAGCGGCACCAAGGCAAGGAAGUCCCAUGCCAAGGAAGAGGAGCAGAUGCCGUGUGAGGAGCCCAGGCCCCGGGCAGUGCCAGAGGGGCCCCCAAAGCGCCACCAGGCGAGGGAGCGAACGGCCAAGCCCAGUUUCAUGGACAGGCUGCGAGGGCACUACUAGAUCCGUCGGCUCGAGAUGCCCAGGGACUGGACGCGAGGAAAGCCUGUGGUGAUGUGGCCGAGGGAACCACGGCGUGGGCGAGGCUCCGAAAGGCGGUGGCUCCGAGGCCAGCAGGGGCUGUUCUUCUGCAAAGGCAGGACAGGAACAGGUGGCAGAAUAGGAAGCGGGCAUGCCCUGGCGCUGCCCGUGGGAAGGGCAUGCUAAAUGGAGAGAGCGUGCUUCUCCCUCUUCGCCAGCCCAGGGGUCUCUGCCGUGGGUCUGGUGCUGGAGACUGUGCACCCAAAGUUGCCACGCCAAAGGGAUCUCUGAGAAGACGGAGCGAUGGGCCAAGGGGUUGCAGGUGGCACUCUGGGCCGGCUGUGGGCACAGCUGCAAUGGCGGGGCAGGGAGGGGGCAGCAAGGUGAAGCAGUAUCCCGGCCAGUAGGUAGGUUUUCCCAGCGGCUCCUGAGAAAAGGAUGCUUGCUUGCACGCCACACGGGAUAUUUGCCACUGGGUGGGAGCAGGUCCAAUGGCCUGUUCCAUGGAAGCCACGGAGGGCGGGUGAUGCAAUU